CAACUCCCAGCGCCAGCCCGCGAGAAGACGACAAGAUGGUCCUCGCAAAGAAGCACGUCCCCAUCGUCAAGAAGCGCACCAAGCGUUUCUUCCGCCACCAGUCCGACCGCUUCAAGUGCGUGCCGGAGUCAUGGCGCAAGCCCAAGGGUAUCGACAACCGCGUCCGUAGACGCUUCAAGGGCAACAUCCCCAUGCCCUCGAUCGGUUACGGAAGCAACAAGAAGACCAAGCACAUGAUGCCCUCCGGCCACAAGGCUUUCCUCGUCCACAACCCCAAGGACGUCGAGCUUCUUCUCAUGCACAACCGCACCUACGCUGCUGAGAUCGCCUCCGCCGUCUCUUCCCGCAAGCGUGUCGACAUCAUUGCCAAGGCCAAGGCCCUCGGCGUCAAGGUCACCAACCCCAAGGGCCGUGUCACCACUGAGGCUUAAAUGGAUUUUUUUUUAUUUAAAUCAAAAAAGAAGAGAACCUAUUUAUGGAAUGAUAAUACCAUGAAUACCAAUAUCAUCUCUAUG